AUGGCAGCCAAUGACAAAGCACCGUCGACCUACCGGUACGAUGAGAAGCCGGUGUAUACGACAUCCAAUGGAUGUCCCAUCGACAGCCCAACCAAAUACCAGCGUAUCAGCAACGGCCCGCUACUGCUUCAGGACUUCCACCUGAUCGACCUGCUGGCACAUUUUGACCGCGAGCGCGUCCCAGAGCGUGUGGUCCACGCCAAGGGAGCCGGAGCGUUUGGCGAGUUUGAGCUGACGCACGACCUCAGCGACAUCACGUCCAUCGGCAUGCUGACGGGAGCUGUGGGCAAGAAGACGCCGCUGGUGGCCCGGUUCUCGACCGUGGGGGGUGAGAAGGGCUCGGCCGACUCGGCGCGAGACCCAAGAGGCUUCUCGCUCAAGUUUUACACGGACGAGGGCAACUGGGACUGGGUGUUCAACAACACGCCGGUCUUCUUCCUGCGGGACCCGACCAACUUCCCGGAGGCAGCGCACCAGGUGAUGCAUCUGUUCUCGGACCGCGGCACGCCGUACUCGUACCGCCACAUGAACGGCUACUCGGGCCACACGUACAAGUUCACCAAGCCGGACGGCAGCUUUGUCUACGUGCAGGUCCACGCCAAGACGGACCAGGGCAGCAAGACGUUUGACAACGAGACGGCCGGCAAGCUGGCGGGCGAGAACCCGGACUGGCACACGCAGGACCUGUUCGAGGCGAUUGAGCGUGGCGAGCACCCGAGCUGGACGGUGUACGUGCAGGUGCUGACGCCGGAGCAGGCCGAGAAGUUCCGGUGGAACAUCUUUGACCUGACCAAGGUGUGGCCGCAGGGCGAGGUGCCGCUGCGGCCGGUCGGCCGCUUCCGGCUGACGCGCAACCCCGAGAACUACUUUGCGCAGAUCGAGCAGGCCGCUUUCUCGCCGUCGCACAUGGUGCCAGGCGUCGAGCCGACAGCCGAUCCGGUCUUGCAGUCGCGGCUGUUUUCGUAUCCAGACACGCACCGCCACCGUCUCGGCACCAACUACCAGCAGAUCCCGGUCAACCGGCCGCUGCGGGCGUUCAAUCCGUUCCAUCGCGACGGCGCCAUGGCCGUCGACGGCAACUACGGCGCCAACCCCAACUACGAGAGCUCGUACCGCGCCUUGACCUACAAGCCGAUCGUGCCCACAGUCGCGGCCCACGAGAAGUGGGUGGGUGCCGUGUCGUCGGCCGUGUUCGCCGACGUCUCCGACGAAGACUUUGUGCAGCCCAACGCGCUCUGGAAGGUCCUUGGCCGCACUGCCGGCCAGCAGGACAAUUUUGUCCACAAUGUGGCCGGCCAUCUGUCGGCGGCCAAGAAGGACACGCGCGAGCGUACGUACGGCAUGUUUUCCCGCAUCGACGCCGAUCUGGGCCGGCGGAUCAAGAAGGAGACCGAGGCUGAGGCGAACAAGUGA